AUGAGUCUGCCUGCUGUGGUUUCCUGGAGUCUGGUGUCAGGCUAUAAAACCUCGCUGGGAGCAGGAAAGGACCCCAGAAGCUGCCCCACCUCUGAGGGACCUGCUGAAGCCCAGAAGGCCACCAUGGAGAAGCUGCAGACGUUCCUGCUCCCCSUCCUGCUGCUGCUGUGUCCCCCAGUCAGCACCAAUCACCCCCAGAGCUGGAGGGAGGGAGGAGGAGAAGCCAGGCCACCCUCCAGGGCACACCCCACGCCCUACCUGGCAUUUCUGCAGGGGAAGGACGACAAUUUCUGCGGGGGAUUCCUGCUGGCGCCCGGCUGGGURGUGACGGCGGCGCAGUGCCUCGACCACAAACCCCUGACGGUCAUCCUGGGAGCCCAAACGCUCCAGAGGAGAGAGGAGAGCUGGCAAACCUUCGAGGUGGAGAGCUACCACAGGCACCCAKCCUUCACCAACCCCAGGAACGGGAACGACAUCCUGCUGCUGAAGCUGAAGGGCAAUGCCACCACCAACAGCCACGUCAGACCCAUUUCCAUCCAGAAAUCCAGAGUCCGUGGCGGCGCCGAGUGCAGCGUGGCCGGCUGGGGCUACGGGACGGCCACUGUCACCUUCCAYGAGGCCACUGUCACCAUCGUCACACCCAGGGACUGCCUCAGCUACAACCCCGGGCUGGCUGGCAACGUGAUCUGUGGUCACAGCAAGACGGCUGGGGUACCUGAAAAGAGCGAUACUGGGGAUCCCCUGGUCUGCAACAACAAAGUCUUGGGCAUCUUCUCSUACCAGCACAGCAACUGGCCCGACUUCUACACACACAUCUCUCAUUUCCUGCCCUGGAUCAGCAGAGUCAUGAAAUCAGCCUGACCCUGCUCACCCUCCAGAGCCCCCAACUCACCAGAUUUCUGUUCCUUCCUCCCU